CCAAGCCUGAGCUCAGGAGUGCAGAAGCCCGGCGGGGGGAGCGACCAGGAUGCCCCGUGGGGACUCAGAGCAGGUGCGCUACUGCGCGCGCUUCUCCUACCUCUGGCUCAAGUUCUCACUCAUCAUCUACUCCACAGUGUUUUGGCUGAUCGGAGCCCUGGUCCUGUCUGUGGGGAUCUAUGCAGAGGUUGAGCGACAGAAGUACAAAACCCUUGAAAGUGCCUUCCUGGCCCCAGCCAUCAUCCUCAUCCUCCUGGGGGUUGUCAUGUUCAUCGUCUCCUUCAUUGGAGUGCUGGCUUCUCUCCGGGACAACUUGUGCCUUCUCCAGGCGUUUAUGUUCAUCCUCGGGAUCUGCCUCAUUAUGGAGCUCAUUGGUGGCGUGGUGGCCUUGAUCUUCCGAAACCAGACCAUUGACUUUCUGAAUGAAAACAUCCGGAAGGGACUUGAGAACUACUAUGACGAUCUGGACUUCAAAAACAUCAUGGACUUUGUUCAGAAGCAGUUCAAGUGCUGUGGCGGGGAAGACUACCGAGAUUGGAGCAAAAACCAGUACCACGACUGUAGCGCCCCCGGGCCUCUAGCCUGUGGAGUGCCCUACACCUGCUGCAUCAGGAACACGACGGAUGUCAUCAACACCAUGUGUGGUUACAAAACUAUCGACAAGGAGGUAACAUCUUUAAAAUCCCUUUUCCCAGAAAUGUUACUCUUCCUGUCCCACCCCCAGGGCGGUGGAGGGCUCUCUAGAGGAGGGGGCUCCUGGCUGCUCACAUUUUCCAACACUCCUGAUUGUGAACCAGAGCCAGGACUGCCAGACACAGAAGGGCUGAGGGAGUGCCACCUGUCAGGGUUUGCUAAGCUGCUACUCUGGGCUUGUCCGCAUGAGGCCAUGGUGCAUGCUAUGUGCCCAGCUCUCAGCCCCAGCUGGUCUUUGCCCUUGAAGCCACUGGUUUACGGGCAGUUGGCAUCCAGGACUACUUGGGGGAGAGGAAAUUCUCUGGGGGCUCCCCUUGGUCAGCUUCUGGGGUGACUUCUCUAGACUAGGAAAGAAGCUGGGGUCAUGCGGAAGGGAGCUAAAAAUGAUGCCUCUGAGCAGUGGUUUUCAAAGUAGGGUCCCUGGUCCAGCAGCAGCUGCACCCCAGCAUCCCAGCCAGAUCUCAUCAGUAUUACACAUUGUGGUGGGGGAGCAGAUGAUCUUGACUCAGUCUGAGAUCCUUAAACCAACAGUGUUCUCAACCUAGCAGAGGCAAUAGCCGUUCUGUCUAAUAAAUAGCAAAUGUCCUAUUUAUAACCCUAAAAUGAAAUUCAUAGAUCCUAUAACCUGUCUACACACCCAACUUCAGUCGCCACAAUGAUGUAACCAAGGUAAAGGAUAAAUAAAUAAUGCAAUUUACAGCUAUAGGACAGAUGUCAACUUGUGAGAGCUCAGGCAGCAGUUAGAUGUUGCAGAAGACACAAAGAAGAGGGAUCCCUGAGAUGGAGACACCUCCAGGGCCAUCAGUGCCAGUCUUGGUGACUU